CUUGUAUGUAAACAAGGUCAAGUAUUCUGCGGCAGCAUUCUUUCCGCGCGUCGGGUUACAGUAGGAGGACAGAUCGCAGAAGUUAAGAAAAUAAAAGAAUCUAAAGCACACCUUGAAACGGAGUCCCAGGUCCCUCUGGAAAAACGUGCCAAGAUGAUGCAGUGUCUUCAGUUCCUUGUUGAGCCGGCAAAGAACAUCACUGUCAAGCUCAAGGAGGCGCACAAGCGGGCGAAGAACGAGAAGAGAGAGCCUCUGGACGAGAGUCAGCUGUUCAUCGCGCAGCUGGCCAGAGACCUGAGCAGAGUGUGUCAGAGGUCUGAGGUGCUGGAGCACAUCUCCACCUGUGAGGAUGUGUGGCCAUCUCUCACCUGCAGAGCGGCUAUCCUGGAGUGGGCCUCACUGCUGGAGAGCAAGAAGCGUCCGGAGCAGACUGAUGACUGGCCGGAGUGGAAGGAUCUGGCUCUGAGCUGUGAUGUGGACAUGGAGAGUGCCAAGAGGGUCAUCAUCAACUGGGCCAAGGAGAUCCGCGCCAUACCAGAGCAGACGGUCUGGCCUGGUGAGGCGGUGGUGGCCAUGCUGGAUGACCUGGAGGCUCAGUGGCGGCGAGGGAAAGUGGACACACUGCACACGGCCAUGGAGCUGGUGUUCUACACACUGGUCAACCGCGGACAAGACAAGGAUAGCAUUCCACAGCAGUGGCUGAUUUGGAAACAGAGGAGCCAGAAAAUAGGCGCAGCCCCCUACCUUCCACAUACAGUGUGGGACUGGAUCUGUGAUGCUGGAGUGGAAGUGACCCUUGACCUGGACACGGCGAACCCUGACCUGCUGAUCUCGGAGGAUGAGAAGCGCCUGCGCUGUGGCUUCGAGCGGAAGGACGUGCCCAACUACCACGAGCGCUUUGACGGCUGGUGGUGUGCUGUGGGCGUAGAGGGCUUCUCCGCCGGACGCCGCUACUGGGAGGUGGAGGUGGGUGAGAUGGACUGGCGUCUGGGCGUGGCCAAGGAGUCUGCCCUGCGUAAGGGCUUCAAGUCCCUGAACACACACACGGGCUACCUGACCCUGCGCCUGGAGCGUGGCACGGAGCUGAAGGCGCUGACCGUCCCCUACACCGCGCUGCCCGGCAGCCUGAUCCCGCGCCGCGUGGGCGUCAUGCUGGACACCGAGGCCGGGCAGCUGAGCUUCUACGACGCCAACGCACGCGCCCACAUCUACACCUACAACCAGAGCUUCCACGAGAAGCUGUACCCGCUGUUCGGCACCACCGAGAUCAUCAAGGACCUGGUCAUACGGUCGCCCGGGCAACGCAGCACCUGCCUCUGCCCCGGCUUGUGCCUCUGGGGCUGAGAUGGGGUGUGUGUGUGUGUGUGUGUGUGUGUGUGUGUGUGUGUGUGUGUGUGUGUACAGGGGUGGGGGGUCUGGAGUCGUUCGGAGGGAGGGUGUGUGUAACGUUAAGGGAGCACAGUUCAACACACACACAGCAUAAACAUAAUGUAUAGACCCAUAGUGGGGUGACAACUGGCCAUAGAAUGAAUCUAGUUCAUAUGGACCUGAGCUGAUCUGUAGUACUAAUACUAUCUCACUCAAUAACACUCAAUUCCACAUGAUCCUAUAUAACACUACAUCUCCCAUGAUCCCUCUCUCUGAGGCGGGUUAUAUGAAUGAAUCUAGUUUAUAUGGACCUGAGAUGAUUUGUAGUACUAAUGCUAUCUGAACAAUCAAUUCCCUAUGAUCCUCUAUAACACUACAUCUCCCAUGAUCCCGCUCUCUGAGGCGGGUUAGAUGAAUGAAUCUAGUUUAUAUGGACCUGAGAUGAUCUGUAGUACUAAUACUAUCUCACUCAAUAACACUCAAUUCCCCAUGAUCCUCUAUAACACUACAUCUCCCAUGAUCCCUCUCUCUGAGGCGGGUUAGAUGUAUGCUCUCUGUGUGAAAUGUCACUACCGCCUACAGAUAAACAUCUCACCUUAGCACUUAAUACAGUCAGUCGGAGUGUUUAAUGCGAAAGGAGAAAUCAAAUCAGGGGUCCUUUGACUAUGAUAAAAUACCGACAUCCAAUAUGCUGCUAACGUGAAAUAAUACCAAAAAAAAGAAUAAAUCAUUAACAGUUGAAGUAACAUGCAUUAAAAUGGAAAAAUGGAAAGCUAAGUUAGUCAAUGUUACGGAGGAGAGUCUGUCAGGUGUAAAUGUAUUAAAGAGCACUGUAAGAACACUUAACACAUUGACUUGGAGGACAUGAAAAGGCUCAUUAACUCUAACACAGGUUUAGAUGAGCAACACACACACACACACACACACACAGAGAUAACCCCUUCUUCUCGGGUCAAAACGGCAGUCGUGUCAUUGGACCUCUUUCCAACUGUAACAUCUGUACUUUGAGCAUCGUAAGCCUGUAGACCGCUUAGUUACUUAAAAGUUGCUAAUUGCUUAGUUCCAGUCACCACGGAGACAGCCCCGCUUAGUUCCAGUCACCACGGAGACAGCCCCGCUUAGUUCCAAUCACCACAGAGACAGCCCCGCUUAGUUCCAAUCACGUACGGAGAUCAUCGCUGUAAAGACACACUACCAACGCAUCAGAAAUCUGUAGACAGCCAUGCUUAGUUCCAAACACGUACUGUACGGAGGUCAUCGCUGUACAGACACACUACCAAUGUAUCUUAUACCUGUAGACCACCCUGCUAGAUAACGAACAGAUCAUCGCUGUAAAGAAACACUACCAAUGUAUCCUAUACCUGUAGACAGCCCUGCUAGAUAACAAACAGAGGUCAUCGCUGUACAGACACACUACCAAUGUAUCCUAUACCUGCAGACAGCCCUGCUAGAUAACGAACAGGUCAUCGCUGUACAGACCCCAACGCAUCAUUACUUAAGUAGUAAUCUACACAGUCCCAGCUGACUCUACCCUGUCUGUCUGUUAAUCUGUCUUUAGAGCCUCUCUAUGUGUGUGAGUGUGUGUAUGUGUGAGUGUGUGUAUGUGUAUGUGUGAGUGGGUGUGUGUGUGUGUGUGUGUGAGUGUGUGUAUGUGUGAGUGUGUAUGUGUAUGUGUGAGUGGGUGUGUGUGUGUGUGUGUGUGUGUGUGAGUGUGUGUGUGUGUGUGAGUGUGUGUGUGUGUGAGAGAGAGGCCAGUUCUUUUCCUACUCAGACGUGUAUUGCUCUCCCUGUCCUGUACUGUUGGCUUGUGUGCUGGUCAUCCUAAUCCUGCAGUAACAAUGCACUUUAUGGGAAUACAAGAGAAACCAUUAAAGAUAGAUCAAUCAAAUACA